AUGGGGGAUAUUGCAUAUAAUGGAUAUUGGAAUGCCAGUGAAAAAACAGCUUUCAGUACUCAAGAGAAAAUUCACAUUAAGGAGGGUCAUUUUGUAUGUAAUAAAUGGGGAGACAACUUUUCUAAGAAAUCAACACAAUUAAAUUUUUAUGAAAAUUUUAAGCAUGAGCAUCAAAGAUACAAUCAAAAUCAGAAUAUAUUUAGCAAGAAAUUACACCUCACUCAGCUUCAGAGAACUCAGAUAGAAGAAACUUCCAAAUAUAAUGAGUGUAAUAAAACUUCCUGUAAAAGCUGUAAUGAUACUGAAAAUCAAAAAAUACAUACUGGAAAAAAAUCUUAUGAAUGUAAGAAAUGUAGGAAAACUUCCUUAAAGUCAGACUUUACACUGUGUCAGCCAACUCACAUAGGAGAGAAACCAUUUGAAUGUAAAGAAUGUAAGAAAACUUUCUCCUGGAGGUCAGCUCUCACUGUUCAUGAACGAAUUCACACAGGAGAGAAACCAUAUGAAUGUAAUGAAUGUAGGAAAACUUUUUCCAAGAAGUCGUACCUCACUGGUCAUCAGAGAAUUCACACAGGGGAGAAACCCUAUGAGUGUAAACAGUGUAGGAAAACUUUCUAUAGGCAGUCAGAACUUACUGUUCAUCAGAGAAUUCACACAGGGGAGAGACCUUAUGAGUGUAAAGAGUGUAGGAAAACCUUUUCCUGUACGUCAGCCAUCACUGUUCACCAAAGAAUUCACACAGGAUAUAAACCCUAUGAAUGUAAAGAAUGUAGAAAAUCUUUCUCUCGUCUCUCAGCCUUCAGUGUUCAUCAGAGGACUCACACAGGAGAGAAACUCUUUGAGUGUGAGGAAUGUGGGAAAGCUUUCUCCCUGAAAUCACAUUUCAUUGUACAUCAAAGAACUCACACAGGGGAGAAACCCUUUGCCUGUCAAGAAUGUAGCAGAGCUUUCUAUAAAAAGUCAGACCUCACUGAUCAUCAAAGAAUUCACACAGGUGAGAAAACAUAUGAAUGUCAGGAAUGUAGAAAAACUUUCUACAAGAAGUCAUCCCUCACUGUUCAUCAGAGAGUUCACACAGGAGAGAAACUAUAUGAGUGUCAAGAAUGUAGGAAAACUUUCUCUUGCAAUUCAGCCCUCACUGUUCAUAAGAGAAUUCACACAGGAGAGAAGCCAUUUGAAUGUAAAGAAUGUGGGGAAACUUUCUAUAGAAAGUUAAUCCUCACUGUACAUCAGAGGAUUCACACGGGAGAGAAACCCUUUGAAUGUAAAGAAUGUCGGAAAACUUUCUCCUGGAAGUCAGCCCUCACUGAUCAUCAGAGAAUUCAUACAGGAGAGAAACCCUAUGAGUGUAAAGAAUGUAAGAAAAUGUUUUCCUGGAAAUCAGCCCUCAAUGUUCAUCAGAGAAUUCACACAGGAGAGAAACCAUAUGAAUGCAAGGAAUGUAGGAAAUCUUUUUAUCGGAAGUCAGUCCUCACUGUACAUCAGAGAGUUCAUACAGGAGAGAAACCAUAUGAAUGUAAGCUAUGUAAGGAAACUUUUAGUCGGAAAUCAGACCUCUCUACACAUGAGAGAACCCACAGUAGUGAUAACUUAUGA